AUGAGUAUACGGUCGGUGGAUAGUCGUCUGGAAGUUCUGCGAAAUGGACAAGAUAUUGCCAAUAGAAGUUUAUUGUACAACACUGGUCCUACCCAGCAAUCACAGCAACAGUCGCCCAAUGUUGAUAUUGAUAAUGAAUCUAACAAGUCCGAUUCAUGGGUUGAAUUGGCUAAUCCAUCAUCACGUGCAUCCAUGGUUAGUAUGAAUGGAGGCGAUAAUGGUAGUGCCAUAUUGGUGGAUAAUGACGGGAUGAUUAUGGGCGUUGAUAAUACGACUGUCGUUGUUGGCGGAGGUAAUAGUAGUCCUUUCAAUCGACUCAGCCCGACCAGUGCCUGCGGUGCUCCAUUUGAAUUGGUUAUCGAUGCUGGAUUAGUUCAUGGUGGUGAUACUUUGGCGGUUCAUUAUACUCGCCAGGGACCAGGACGUUGCACUGUUGCAACUGCUGGUGUCAGGGGGUUGGGUCAAGGGACGAAGAGAACAGCUGAAUGGUUGGAGGAUUACAAUAGCCGACCGGAAGUGCAAAGAGGUGGCCCUCAAACUCCAUCACCGGUGGAAACGGAAAUGUCGACGCCGCCAAAUAGUCUCGUCCCUGGAUUAGAUGUUGGAGAGCUAACUCAGAGCAGCUGUUGUGAAGAUGAGGAUGAGGAACUGAGUAUCGAGAAUGAUGGUGCAUACGUGUGUAAAUGCCAAAAUGUCGGAGAAGGACCUUGUGAAAAAGGACGAUGGACAUUUAGUGAAUUGCUGGGCACAAGUGGUAAUGGGCGUCGUGCACUGGUGCUUUAUCUGGUAACAAAUUUGGUUACCCUUGCAAUCGGUUUUGCUGUUGGGUUGACAGUUGGUCGAAAGUUAUCGGUGCUACCGGAUUUCAGACAUCGCUACAUAUUUGAUUUUAGUUAA